AUGUUUGCAAAGGUGAAACUCCCGGAGAUCAAGCUGCCAUCGUUUAGUAGGAAGAUUCACUACUGGUUGCCAUACCGUGACAAUUAUCGAAGCCUCAUCCACGAUAAUCUCCUUCUUUCGGAUGUCGAUCGUAUCACCUAUCUCCGGUCUUCUUUGGCUGGCGACGCACUGCAGGAAGUGAGUUCCAUUGACUUGUCCGUGGCCAACUACGCGGUAGCAUGGAAAUCGCUCGAGAGUAGCAACGAAAACAAGAAGGUGAUUGUCAAAGCGCAUCUCGAUGCUGUGGAGAGUCUUAAGAAGGAGAGUUAUAGCAACCAACUAAUAGGCGACUUCGAUAAGAACCUGCAGAUGCUUGAGACGAUCGGAGAAAAGCCGUUGGAUUGGAGCACUAUUCUGGCUUACAUGGUGUGUACCAGAUUGGACUUGGCAACUUUACAGCAGUGA